AUGAUCGGCCUCAAGAUGUGGCUUUUACUGGCCGUACAGCUGGCGCUUGUCUGCUGCCAGGGCCAGGACAAUUCAGUGGAUGCCGCAGCAUUGGAAAGAUUUUGGUCAUAUGGCCGAUCGGAACCCGUUUACCCCAGCCCCGAGAUAAAGGGCUGGGACGACUGGGUAACAGCCUACAAAAAGGCCAAAACCCUCGUGGGGAAAAUGACAAGCGACGAGAAGAACAAGAUAACCUACGGCUACAGGUCCAACACCACUGGAUGCUCAGGAACAUCCUAUGGCGCACCCCGUGUCGGAUUCCCCGGGAUCUGCCUGCAGGAUGCCGGGCAGGGGAUCCGAGGCGCCGAAUUGGUCAACGCGUACCCGUCCGGCAUCCAUGCCGGCGCGUCCUGGAAUCGAGACCUUGCCUACGCGCGGGCGUACUAUAUGGGUGCGGAGUUUCGGCGCAAGGGGAUCAAUGUUGCGCUGGGGCCUGUUGCGGGUGCUAUUGGGCGGAUCGCGAGAGGAGGCCGGAACUGGGAAGGGUUCAGCAACGAUCCGUAUCUGGCGGGGGCGAUGACGGGAGACAGUGUGCGCGGGCUGCAGCGCUCGGUGAUUGCGUGCGUAAAGCAUUUGAUUGGAAACGAGCAGGAGACGAACCGCAUGCCGCCGAUGCUCUUCCCGGAGAGUGCCAACAAUUCCGUUUCUUCGAAUAUCGACGACAAGGCCAUGCACGAGCUGUAUCUGUGGCCGUUCCAGGAUGCUGUCAAGGCUGGGGCGGGUUCCGCGAUGUGCAGCUAUCAGCGCAUCAACAACAGCUACGGAUGCCAGAAUAGCAAGGUGAUGAAUGGGCUGCUCAAGGGCGAGCUUGGAUUCCAGGGGUUCGUGGUCUCCGACUGGGAUGGUCAGCAUACUGGGAUUGCGAGUGCGGCUGCUGGUCUUGACCUGGCGAUGCCGAUUUCGCCUUACUGGGAGAACGAGACACUGGCCUUGGCUGUCAAGAAUGGAUCAUUGUCCCAGGCCAGACUCGAUGACAUGGCCACGCGGAUUCUUGCCGCAUGGUACAGAUACUCGCCCCUGGAGAACCCCGGACACGGAAUGCCCGUGAAUCUGUCCCUUCCACACGCCCAAACUGACGCGCGCGACCAGAAGUCCAAAGAGACACGCCUGCAGAGCGCAGUGGAGGGCCAUGUGCUGGUGAAGAAUAUCAACAACGCCCUGCCCCUGCGGAAACCGAAGCUCCUUUCGCUGUUCGGAUACGACGCAGUGGCUGCCACACAUUUCACUGGACGGUGGAUGGGGCUCGACAACACCCUCAUUUACCCGGACGGUCGUCUCGCCGAUUAUUACACACUGGCGUAUAUCAUCACCUCGAGCGCAGAGCCCAACAGCCACGGACCGGGUGUCGCCCUCAACGGCACACUGAUUUCUGGCGGCGGUUCUGGCUCCGUUACCCCCGCGUACAUUGACGCUCCAUUCGAUGCUUUCCAGCGCCAGGCAUAUGAGGACGGCACCUUUCUCUCUUGGGACUUUUACUCGCAGAACCCCGUGGCAAACCCUGCCAGCGACGCGUGCAUCGUGUUUAUCAACGAGCAGUCGUCCGAGGGCUGGGACAGGCCGUAUCUCGCGGACCCGUACUCGGACGGGCUGGUGGAGAACGUGGCAAGGCAGUGCAAGAACACCAUUGUCGUUAUCCACAAUGCUGGUAUCCGUCUGGUCGACCGCUGGAUCGACAACGAAAACAUCACAGCAGUCCUCUAUGCACACCUCCCAGGCCAGGACAGUGGUCGCGCGCUGGUCGAAGUCAUGUACGGGAAACAGUCGCCGUCUGGACGCCUGCCGUACACUGUUGCUCGGAAGGCGUCGGACUAUGGGGAUCUGCUUGGUCCUGAGGUGCCCAGGGGUGAUCUGAAUGCCUACUACCCGCAGUCGAAUUUCACCGAGGGUGUUUACAUCGACUACAAGGCCUUUGAAAAGGCGGGGAUCACUCCACGGUACGAAUUCGGAUACGGGCUGACCUACACGACCUUCAAAUACUCCCAGCUAUCAGUCCACCGCAGGCACGGCGUCAAUCUGGCGGAACUGCCCCCGGGCAAAGUGAUCAAGGAAGGAGGUCUGCCGUCCCUCUGGGACGUUGUCGCGCAGGUGAGCUGUACCGUCGCCAACGUGGGCAAGGCCGAAGCUGCCGAGGUCGCGCAGCUGUAUGUGGGUAUCCCCGGUGGGCCAAAGAAGGUCCUCCGUGGCUUCGAGAAACAGAGUCUGCGGCCCGGGCAGCGGAGGACGUUCGAUUUCGAACUGACGCGGAGGGACCUGAGCACGUGGGAUGUCAAGAGGCAGACUUGGGUUUUGCAGCGCGGACAGUAUCAGAUCUAUGUGGGUAAGAGCGUCUUGGAUAUUCAGCUCAGAGACACUCUACGCAUCUAA